GGGCCGCGUUUCGCACUGGAUGUGGAGCGCGGCGGCGGAUAUUGGGAGCGGUGCGGGGCGCCGGGAUCGCUGAGAGAGUUUGAUCGCAUUUGUGUGUUUUUUCUUUUUUUUUGGGGGGCUGGUUUUGCGACUUUUUUGCCUUUUCUUGAAAUCCUGCUCGAUAUAUAUAUUUUUUGAUUUUGUUUUUCUUUUUUUCCUCGCCUUUUGGGAGCCUGCAGAGGGCUGCACGGCACUGCCCGCUCCGCUCGGGGCGGCUCAGCCCCGCUCCCCCUUCUCGCCUCUCCCUUCCCCCCCCUUAUUCCUUUUCCCCAUCCCUCCCCGCCCGCGGCCGCCAAAUGCUCAACAUGACCGAAGAACACGACAAAGCUCUGGAUGCUCCGUGCAGCCCCGCGGGCACCACCAGCUCCAUGUCCCACGUGGACUCGGAUUCCGACUCCCCGCUGUCCCCCGCCGGUUCCGAGGGUUUGGGCUGCGCCCCCGCACCCGCCCCGCGUCCCCCCGGUGCCGCCCCGCUGGGCGCUAAGGUGGAUGCUGCCGAGGUGGACGAGCGAUUCCCCGCUUGCAUCCGCGACGCCGUCUCGCAGGUGCUGAAGGGCUACGACUGGAGCCUGGUGCCCAUGCCCGUGCGAGGCAACGGGUCGCUCAAAGCGAAGCCUCACGUUAAGCGACCCAUGAACGCCUUCAUGGUGUGGGCGAAGGACGAGCGCAAGCGGCUGGCGCAGCAGAACCCGGACCUGCACAACGCCGAGCUCAGCAAGAUGCUGGGCAAACUCUGGCGUUUGCUAAGCGAAAAUGAGAAGCGGCCCUUUGUGGAAGAAGCUGAACGGCUUCGAGUCCAGCACAAAAAGGAUCACCCGGAUUAUAAAUACCAGCCCCGAAGGAGGAAAAGUGUGAAAGCUGGGCAGAGCGACUCCGACUCCGGGGCUGAGCUCAGCCAUCACGCCAGCACCCAGAUCUACAAGGCUGACAGCGGGCUGGGGGGCAUGGCUGAUGGCCACCACCAUGGUGAGCAUGCAGGCCAGCCCCACGGGCCGCCCACGCCACCCACGACCCCCAAAACCGACCUGCACCAUGGCAGCAAGCAGGAGCUGAAGCACGAGGGCCGCCGCCUCGUGGAGAGCGGCCGCCAGAACAUUGACUUCAGCAACGUGGACAUUUCAGAGCUGAGCAGCGAGGUCAUCAACAACAUGGAGACCUUCGAUGUGCAUGAGUUUGACCAGUACCUGCCGCUCAAUGGCCAUACUGCCAUGCCCGCCGACCAUGGCCCCAGUGCUGGCACCUACAGCACGUCCUACUCCCACUCAGCAGCAGGCGCCGGCGGGGCUGGCCAGGUGUGGACUCACAAGAGCCCGGCCUCGGCAUCACCAUCAUCGGCUGAUUCAGGCCAGCAACGGCCGCACAUCAAAACAGAGCAGCUGAGUCCCAGCCACUACAGCGACCAGUCCCACGGCUCCCCUGCACACUCCGACUACGGCUCCUACAGCACCCAGGCCUGUGCCACCACUGCCUCCACCGCCACAGCUGCUGCCUCCUUCUCCAGCUCCCAGUGUGACUACACGGACCUGCAGAGCUCCAACUACUACAACCCCUACCCCGGUUACCCCUCCAGCAUCUACCAGUAUCCCUACUUCCACUCCUCACGGCGUCCCUACGCAACACCCAUCCUCAACGGCUUAUCCAUCCCACCGGCCCACAGCCCCACCGCUAACUGGGACCAGCCAGUCUACACAACCCUGACAAGGCCUUAAAAAGGAUGCGUGGAGCCCCUCAAGGGCUUCCCCGACAUAUGCACUAAUGAAGGAAUGAAGAGGAAGAACGUGGAGUGCCGCGAUCGUUUCCCAAGUGCCUCCUGAGCCGCUGGGAACUCUGCUCGUUGCGACUGGGUGUCCCCUUGCUUUGAAACUCUCCAUAAGAACAGAGCUCUAUUUUUCAUUAAUUAAUAAAUUUAGAAAGAAAAAAAAAAAAAAAAAGAAGAGU